AAAAAAAUUUCAAAAAUAAAAAUAUGUCGAAUUAAACUAUCUCAUUUAAAACUAUCAAAAGAUAUCUUUUUUCAAAUUAUGUUAAGCAUGAAGAUAUCUAACUUGAUUUUAGAAAGAAAAGUCACAGCGUGAAAGGAGCCUCUAAAGUAGCUAAAAGAAUAGGGAAGACUAAAAAUCUUAAAUCAUUACAUCUUGAUUUUUCUGGAGGCAAUAAUCAUAUUAGUGACGGCGGGGCACUUAAAAUAGGUUCUGGAUUUUCUACCUGUCAAAAUUUAAUUAGCCUCUAUCUUGAUUUGUCAGGAAGUUAAAACAAAAUUGCGGAUGAAGGAAUUUCUGGCAUAGGUUAAGGAUUAGCUAAUUGCUAGUUAUUAAGUUUUUUAACCUUAAAAUUAUAAGGAAAUUAUAUAGGAAAUGAAGGGAUUGAUAAGUUCGCUUAUGGAAUAAGCAACUGUAAUAAUCUUAUAUUUUUCAAAUUUGAUAUAUCCUAAAACAAAAUAUAGCUUCAGGAAUAAGGUUUUUAAGGUUUUGCUUCCAAUCUAUCUAAAUGUGUAAGUCUAGAAACACUAAAAAUUAAUUUAAGUCAAGAUAAAAUCAGCGACUAAGCUAUUAUUUGUUUAGCAUAAGGAUUAGGGAAGUGCUAUAUCUUAAAAAAUUUAACACUGAAGCUGAGUGGAAAUCAAAUAACUUGUAAAGGAUCUUCUGAAUUAUUUAAUGAAAUAGGGAACUGUUAAAAUCUUAAUUUUCUAAAGCUUGAUUUGCCUGGAGUAGGAAAUCAAAUCAGCGAACAAGGAGGAGCAGGUAUUGGAUUAGGUUUGGCCAAAUGUUAAAAUCUACAAAUUUUAUUAUUAAAUUUAAAACUAAAUUCAAUUAAUGAUUAAGGAGUUUCAAGCAUAGCAAACGGUAUUGCAAACUGUAUUAAUUUAAAAAGACUAAAAUUCGACUUAUCUGGAUAAUCAAACAAUAUUGGCUAAUAAGGUGUCUCGAAUCUAGCUACCUAAAUUGGUAAGUGCAAUAAUUUAGAAACUAUAGCUUUGAACUUAAAGGAUAAUUAUAUUGGAGACAAAGGAAUUUUAGGAUUGAGGAAUGGGUUAAAAUAAGUGAAGAAUUUAUAAUAAUUAUAUCUUGAUUUAUCAGGCUAAAAUAACGAUUUUUCGAGUGAAGGAGCUACUGCAUUAGGGGAUUUGUUUGUACAAACCACUAAUAUCCAUACUUUAAAACUUUAUAUUAAUUCAAAUAAUUUAUAUGCUUAAUCAAUCUAAGGUCUUUUUUCUAAGCUAAAAAAUUGUCUCAAUCUCAAAUCUUUAAAGACUAAUUUAAGUGGAAACAAAAUAAGUAAUUAAGGGGCUAUUGAGUUAGGAAGCUGCUUAUCUAAUUGUCAUAAUCUUGAAAACUUAGUGAUUAUACUGAACGAUUGCAGCAUUUACAAUGAAGGAGUAAUUGGUAUUGGUGUAGGAUUAGGCAUUUGCAAAAAUCUUAGUGAUUUAACUAUCGAUUUUAGCAAAAAUAGCAUUGGAAGUAUUGGAAUAUCUGGUUUUUCAGGUGGACUAAUAAAUAAUUAAAGUUUAAAAUCAUUAAAUAUUGAUUUAAAUAAAAACAAUAUUGGAGAAGAAGGGGCUUCUAAACUUGGUACAAAUUUAGGCUAGUUGCAAAAUCUAGAAUUUCUCACUUUGAUGCUACAAUAAAAUUAAAUUAAAAACGUUGGAAUUAUUGAUCUCUCAGAUGGUAUAUCAAAGUCUAAGAAACUCAAAUCGCUGAAUAUUGAGCUAAUGUAAAACGAAAUUAGUUAAUAAGGAGCUAUUUAAUUUAGCUAUCAAAUAAAAAAUUUUCCUAAAUUACAAACAUUAAAUAUUAAUUUAAGAUUAAAUUCAAUAAAUGCUUAUGGAAGACUUAUAAUGAGUAAAUCAAAUAUCAGUGAAAAAGAUCUGAAUUCUUUAGGAUCUGCUUUAAAAAAGAGUGUCCUUCUUAGAAAUUUCUCAGUUUAUUUAGGUUUAAACUAAAUAGACUCAAAUGGUUUAUCUUAAUUAUUUAGUGCUUUUACAGGUUCAUCUAAUAUAUAGAAAAUAUUUAUUGAUCUGAGGUAAAAUAAUAUUGGACAUUAAGGGUCAAAUGAUUUAGGAGUUUAUUUUACGAAUAUGAAUAACAUUAAAUCAUUAGAGCUUAACCUUGAAAAAAACAACAUUGGAGAUUUAGGAAUUUCUCAGUUUAGUUAAAGCUUACCAAAAAUUAAGAAUCUUUAAACUUUAAAUUUAAAUUUAAACAAUAAUAAGAUAACAGAUCAAGGUAUGAAUGUAUUAGGUUUUAACUUAGCUAACUGUUCUACUCUAUUAUCAUUGUAUCUUAGCUUGGUUAAUAAUAAGAUAUAAAAUUUUUAAACUCUUGGCAGUGGAAUUGCUAGUUGCAAGAAUCUAUAAAUUUUAAACUUAAUUAUUUGUGGAACUGGUGUUGAAGCAAAGGGUGUUUAAAUUUUAGGAUCUUAAUUAGAGAAAUGUGAAAAUAUUACUGUUCUGAAAAUUAAUUUUUUAGGAUGUGAAAUUGGAGAUGAAGGAAUAUCUAACCUUAGUAUUAGUUUAGCUUAAUGUCCAAAGCUUUUAGAUAUUUCUCUUGAACUUUCAGAUAAUAAAAUUAGUGAUUAAGGUAUAACUCAUCUAGCAUCUUCUUUAAUUAAUUGCAAGAAACUCUAAAGCUUAGCUUUAGAACUUAUGUCUAAUUAAAUUACUGAAAAAAGUUUAUAAAUUCUAGGAUCUUCAUUGAGGAAAUGCAAAAAAAUAAACUACUUUCUUAUAAAUUUAUAAGGAUAUUAAAUUUAUGCAGACUAAUAAUAUUUAUUUAGAAAUUAGUGUAAAAAAAUAAUGAAAUUAAUAAAUUACAAAAUAUAUUUUUGA